GAGGCGCGAGGAGUGCGAAUGCGAUUAUCGUUUCUGAUUUAUAUAUCUGCGAGUCGAGUUCCAGUCUCAUUCUCAGUCCCAGUCUCAGUUCCACACCCCCAGUGUGUGUGUGGGCUGUGUUGCGGAUGUGUGUGCACCGUGUGUGUUGAUUUUUCGUGAUCAUUUUUCGCUGGAUGCCACCGUCAUCACCGUUUAGUUGUGCGCUAGACGAGCAGCGAGUAGCAUCCGGUCCCAUCCGAUCUCCGAUCUCCGAUCCGGUCCGAUCCGAUCCGAUCCCAUUAUCCACCAUCCCAUGGAUAGCUGAUCGAUAGCCCGACCGAUAAAGCGCUCCCAAUCGAUCCGUGUACCUGGGAAGUGGAAGCGGAAGUGGAAGUGUGCGUGCUCCGAACCGAACCGUAUCGAACCGAUCCGAACCGAACCGAACCGAGCCGAUCGGAUCGCUUUUUUGUUUGGUGUUUUGGUGUUAUUGCGCUGGUGAACAACAAGUGGAUUGAAACAGGAUUGGAUAAGAUAGGAUCCCAGUCCGGAGCCAUGGAAGUGCUGAAGAAGGACGCCGCACUGGGUUCGCCCAGCAGCGUCUUCUACUUCCUGCUGCUGCCCACGCUGGUGCUGUGGUACAUCUACUGGCGAAUAUCCCGGGCCCACCUGUACAGGCUGGCCGGACGACUGCCGGGACCCAGGGGCCUGCCCAUCGUGGGCCACCUGUUCGAUGUGAUCGGACCCGCUUCAUCUGUUUUCAAAACAGUCAUCCGGAAGAGCGCCCCCUUCGAGCACAUUGCCAAGAUGUGGAUCGGGCCCAAGCUGGUGGUCUUCAUCUACGAUCCCCGGGACGUGGAGCUACUCCUGAGCAGUCACGUCUACAUCGACAAGGCAUCCGAGUACAAGUUCUUCAAGCCCUGGCUGGGCGAUGGCCUGCUGAUCAGCACAGGUCAAAAAUGGCGUUCGCACCGCAAACUGAUCGCACCCACAUUCCAUCUGAACGUCUUGAAGAGCUUCAUCGAGCUCUUCAACGAGAACUCGCGCAAUGUGGUGAGGAAACUGCGUGCGGAGGAUGGUCGCACUUUUGAUUGCCAUGAUUACAUGAGCGAGGCAACCGUGGAGAUUCUAUUGGAGACGGCGAUGGGCGUGUCGAAGAAGACGCAGGACAAGUCGGGCUUCGAGUACGCGAUGGCCGUGAUGCGGAUGUGCGACAUCCUGCACGCCCGCCACCGCAGCAUCUUCCUGCGCAACGAGUUCGUGUUCACCCUGACCAGGUACUACAAGGAGCAGGGGCGCCUGCUGAACAUCAUCCACGGCCUGACCACCAAGGUGAUCAAGAGCAAGAAGGCGGCCUUCGAGCAGGGCACCCGUGGCUCUCUGGCCCAGUGUGAGCUGAAGGCGGCUGCCUUGGAAAGGGAACAGAGCGAGCAGAAUGGGCAGAAUCAGCCGGAACAGGAUCAGGCAGCCAGCGCCAAGGAGGACAAGAGCAGUGGCGCUCCGGUGGCUGGACUUUCGUAUGGCCAGUCGGCCGGACUCAAGGACGACCUGGAUGUGGAGGACAACGACAUUGGCGAGAAGAAACGGCUGGCCUUCCUCGACCUGAUGCUCGAAAGUGCCCAGAACGGGGCCAUCAUCACCGACACGGAGAUCAAGGAGCAAGUGGACACCAUCAUGUUCGAGGGCCACGACACCACGGCAGCCGGCUCCUCGUUCUUCCUCUCGCUGAUGGGCAUCCACCAGGACAUCCAGGACCGUGUGCUCGCCGAACUCGACUCCAUUUUCGGCGACUCACAGCGACCGGCCACGUUUCAGGACACCCUGGAGAUGAAGUAUCUGGAGCGGUGUCUGAUGGAGACGCUGCGCAUGUACCCGCCCGUACCGCUGAUCGCCCGCGAGCUGCAGGAGGACCUCAAGCUGAACUCCGGCAACUACGUGAUUCCCAGGGGCGCCACGGUGACGGUGGCCACCGUCCUGCUGCACCGCAAUCCGAAGGUCUACGCCAAUCCCAAUGUCUUCGAUCCGGACAACUUUCUGCCGGAGCGGCAGGCCAACCGCCACUACUACGCCUUCGUGCCCUUUUCCGCGGGACCACGCAGCUGUGUGGGGCGCAAGUACGCGAUGCUCAAGCUAAAGAUCCUUCUGUCGACCAUUUUGCGGAACUACCGUGUCUACUCGGACCUGACCGAAUCGGACUUCAAGCUGCAGGCGGACAUCAUCCUGAAGCGGGAGGAGGGCUUCCGCGUGCGCCUGCAGCCGCGGACCAGGUGAACCUUUUGAACCUGGUGACCCCGACGGACGGACGGACGGAGCAGGUGCAGGUGACCCACGCGGACGGACGGUGGUCACCGAGAUGGCGGACAGCACACCGUACACAAUAAGCUACACAGAACGGACACUUAUCCACACAUAUAUCUCUACUUGUUGGCAAGUGAUAGUCACCGGUUUAUACAGUAAUAUUGAUAAUAUUAAAUAAUAAACGUGCUCCAACACUCGAUUUAUUGAAUAGUA